AAAUACCUUCAAUCACAAAAAAUAUUGAUGAUAUAAAUUUCAAAGAGUUUAUCCAGUUUGGGUGGUUGAGAUAAUUUAAAAAUAUGUCGCGUUCAGUUCCUUGGAGAAGAACAUGCCCUGACAAGGUUUCAUCUAGGAUUAAUCGAGCGGCAAGAGCGAGAAUCUAUUUAUUACGAGCUACAGGACCAACUGGGUUCUUGCUUACUGCCGAAGGAGAUGAUAGGAAAUACAAGGUAUUUCUGGGUGAUCCACACACAUGCACCUGUCCUGUGUUUGUCAAGGAAAAAGAUUUAUGUGUUCACAUUUUGUGGGUCUUAAUUAAGAAAUUCCGUGUUCCUAAAGAAAAUUCAGUGGUUUAUCAACUAGGUCUGGUAGAGAGAGAAAUUGGGGAAGUAGUUCGUGGUAUGUUCACAAACACGGGAGAAAACAAACCUUCAACAAGUAAAACAGAUGGAACGUCCGAUUCGAGAGAAAAAUUAUCUAAAAAGGAGAUCAUGGAAGAUGACGUGUGUCCCAUCUGUCAAGAGGAUAUUUUUGGGGAGAAACAAGCUACAACAUAUUGCAAGUAUGGCUGUGGUAAUAGUGUACACACUAAGUGUAUGAAAAUUUGGGCGGAACACCAGAAAUCGUCUGGGGAAACAAUUAUUAAGUGCCCUCUGUGUAGAGUGGAUUUUGGCCCAUUUGAGACGAUAAAGACAGAUUAUUUACGUUCCAUAAAGAACAAAAAGCAAAGAUAUGAUGUCCACGUUGGGGCUGUUUGUGCCCGUUGUAGGGUUUCACCAAUCACGGGAAAAUGUUACAGGUGUACAAUUUGUAUCAACUACCAGCUUUGUAAAGAUUGUUUCUCAUUGGAUCCACAUCCUCAACAUUCGUUUCACUUUCGCCAGAAAACGAAUCAGCGUUGGCGUCCAGCAACAAAGUUUCAAGCUAUUCCGUCUGCCGUGGUAGACGACCUGGAGAGGAGAGAAAUUACUGAACAAGACUAUAAUUUAUUACUACAGUUAGACGGUUCUUCAGUGAAUACCUGCAGUGUCCCAGGACAUGUAAUUAAUUCCUUUCCGACUGAAAGACUGGCAGAUGACAAUCACAGACUGAUUAUGAAUACAACUGAAAAGUGCGGUGUGUGUUUGUGUAGCUAUAGAUCAUCAGAAGUUGUACGGAGACUACCGUGUGAUCACGAGUUCCAUCGUGUCUGUAUUGAUUCGUGGCUAUCCAGAGACCACAACGUGUGUCCCAUCGAUGGCCAGACGGUUUACUCGGAGCUUUCGAGCACAAACACCCCAGCAAACAGGGGGAUAAACAGAAGCAAUCAAAAUCCUAGACAACAAAAUCAUCCUAGUAAAAAGACAUCGCUUGGAACGUUAACUAAGAUACAACGAACUCAGUCGAAUAGUCACGAGCCAACCAUUCCGCAGGACUUUUUCCUUAAUGGCUUAAGCCUACGACAAAGGGAUGAUUCAAGAAGAUCGUCAAAAAUUCCAGUUCCCCCCUGUCGUACCAACAGUGCACCUUGUCUCAUUCCUAUGACAUCACUACCACAAGAUUCAUCAUCUAGUCACAUCGUAUUUGACACAAGUGUGCCUGGGCGACCAGUCAUGUCUGCUGAACGAGUAAUGAAAUAUGGUCGACACAGUGGAGACAGCCGUCUCAGAGCAUUACAAUUAUCGCGGAAUAAAAAUAAGAAAAUUGGACAUAAGAGCAUUUCUUUAAAUGACAUAAUGUUAAGUGGACGGAAGAUCUCUACUACUGAUUUUAAACAAGUUGGGCGAACGAAUAGCGAAGGGGCGAACUCAUCUUCUACUACAAAUCAUAAUCCAACUCUUCUUCAUACAUCGAUAGUCCCGUCAUCACCGGAUCCUAAUUACCCUCAUGUUCGAAUUGAUGUAUAGUUUGUGAUUUGCACAUUGUCAAGUGGAAAUGAAGACUAUGCCUAUUUUUGAGUGGCUUUCCCGCGCGUAGUGGACGGACAGAACCAUGACGAUGUCGGUAGGAACCAUCGAUAAAUUUCAAUAUGUAGCCUACCUGGUCUUACAACAUUGUUUGCCUUGAAUUGAUACUUUCUGAGGACUGACCAGUAUUAUCUGGUACAGGUCAGUGUUUCUGAGUAGAAAGUAUUGUAAGUACACAAAUGCUAAGUGAGUAACAGAAGGGAGUGCAUUUUGCAAUUUUGCAAUUUUGCCCAUGAAAUGGGACAUUAAUGGUGUAUUUGUAUGUUUUCCAAAUAAAAAAACUCUUGAGUUGAGUCUAUUUCAGUUAAA